GAGUGCAUCAAGAAGCAAAGUUUCACGUACUCCUGGGGGUGGGGUGGAACCCUUAGGAGCCAGCUGGGUCUUGUGUAUUUUUUUCCCUUCCUUUCUACCGCUGUGGACUUUACAACCUUGGGCAACUGAGUGAUACCAGCUGGAUUGUGCAAGAAUUCUCUGCAACUGUAGAAAGAAUUUUUUGUAUCACAAGCUUCUCAGCCGCCAAGAGGACAGCGCCGUCCCCUGAAGAAUUUUCCUCUGCAUAGGGCCCAGAAGCAUCAGAUCCCUCAAGCAUGAUAAUAGACAUGUUCCUCUUAGCCGCCAUCAUCGGUCUGUUGACCUACUGGUUUUUCUUCCGCAAGAAAAAAGAGGAGGUCCCAGAUUUCGCGAAAAUCCAGCCGACAGCAACACCAUCAACCAGUGAGGGCAGCUUUAUUGACAAAAUGAAGAAGACGGGAAGAAAUAUUGUGGUGUUCUAUGGCUCCCAAACGGGGACUGCUGAAGAAUUUGCCAACCGCCUGGCCAAAGAUGCCCACCGGUACGGCAUGCGGGGCAUGUCUGCCGACCCCGAGGAGUAUGACUUGUCCGACCUGAGUCGUCUCACCGAGAUUGAGAAGUCACUGACCGUUUUCUGCAUGGCCACCUACGGAGAAGGAGACCCAACAGACAAUGCCCAAGACUUCUAUGAUUGGUUGCAGGAAACAGAUGCCAACCUGUCUGGUGUCAAAUUCGCAGUAUUUGGACUUGGGAAUAAAACAUAUGAACAUUUCAACGCCAUGGGGAAAUACGUGGACAAGCGACUGGAAGAGCUUGGCGCCCAGCGGAUCUUUGAGCUUGGCCUGGGAGACGACGAUGGGAACUUGGAAGAGGAUUUUAUCACGUGGCGCGAGCAGUUCUGGCCAGCAGUGUGUGAGCACUUUGGCGUGGAGGCCACUGGAGAUGAAACCAGCAUCCGUCAGUAUGAGCUGGUCAUCUACGAAGACAUCAACAUGAACAAGGUUUACACAGGAGAAAUGGGCCGUCUCAAGAGCUAUGAGAAUCAGAAGCCGCCAUUUGAUGCCAAAAACCCUUUCUUGGCCCCGGUUGCAGUGAAUCGGAAGCUAAAUCAAGGCGGAGACAGGCACUUCAUGCAUCUGGAGCUGGACAUUACCGGUUCCAAAAUCCGGUAUGAAUCUGGAGACCACGUUGCUGUGUACCCAGCCAAUGAGACUUCGCUAGUGAACCAGCUUGGUGAAAUCCUCGGGGUAGAUCUAGAUACGGUCAUCUCCCUAAACAAUCUAGACGAGGAAUCCAACAAGAAGCACCCCUUCCCUUGCCCCACCUCCUACCGCUCAGCUCUGACCUACUACUUGGACAUCACCAACCCGCCCCGCACCAACGUCCUCUAUGAGCUGGCCCAGUACGCCACGGAUGCCAACGAGCAGGAGAAGCUGCGCAAGAUGGCCUCCUCCACGACUGAAGGCAAGGGGCUGUACCUCAAGUGGGUCGUCGAGGCCCGGAGGAACAUCCUGGCCAUCCUACAAGACAUUCCCUCGCUGCGCCCUCCCAUCGAUCACCUCUGUGAACUGCUGCCCCGCUUGCAGGCUCGCUACUACUCCAUCGCUUCAACCUCCAAGGUGCAACCAAACUCCAUCCACAUCUGCGCUGUGGUGGUGGAGUACGAAACCAAGACGGGUCGGGUGAACAAAGGAGUAGCCACCAACUGGCUGUACAGCAAGCACCCCAACGAGAACGGGCACAAGUCCAUGGUGCCCAUGUACGUCCGGAAGUCACAGUUCCGGCUGCCUUUCAAACCUGCCACUCCCGUCAUCAUGAUCGGACCAGGGACUGGCAUAGCCCCCUUUGUUGGGUUCAUUCAAGAGCGCGGCUGGCUCAAGCAGCAAGGCAAGGAGGUGGGUGAGACGGUGCUCUACUACGGCUGCCGGUACCAGAACGAGGACUACCUCUACAAGGACGAGCUGGCCAAGUUCCUCAAGGAGGGUGCCUUGACCCAGCUGCACGUGGCCUUCUCAAGGGACCAACCACAGAAGAUUUAUGUUCAGCACUUGCUAAAGAAAAACAAGGAGAGCAUUUGGAAACUGAUCCAUGAAGGAAACUGCCAUAUAUACGUGUGCGGGGAUGCCCGCAACAUGGCCCGGGAUGUCCUGAACACCUUCUACGAGAUCGUGGCCGAGUUUGGCAAGAUGGACCAGCAGCAGGCUGUGGACUACGUCAAGAAACUGAUGACCAAAGGCCGCUACUCCUUGGACAUCUGGAGUUAGGGGGGUGGCCAGGUGGACACGGCUGUCCUGGUGGUGGAGGAAGGGCUGCUGGGUGGAAGGCAGGUGGCGGGGGGCGGGGAGGGGACUCACCUGGCUGCCGCUGCGAGACUGUGCCUUCCCCUCACUCCUUUGCAUUUAGUUCCUCUCCCUCCCCAAUGAUGGGGCAGGGUGUGGGGAGUCCACAGGGCUGACCCUGAUGCUAGGCAAGGCCGCCCCAGUUCCCCCAGAGCACCAGCAGCUUUCUCUGUCUCUCGCCCAAGGACCUCUUACAGGAGGCUCUCGAGCAGGGGAGAGGACGAUUAUGGAACGGGCACCCCCUUCUCUCCACACUCAGCGUUCAAAUGGUCUCUUCUGCCCUGCAACACUACUCCCAGAUAUGUCUCCGCUCCAUUCAGAGCUGUGCAGACAGGGUAAGGGUUUACCCCAAGCCCUUCUCAAUCAGUCUACAAAACAGGAUUGGGCCAUUCUGCCCCCUGCCACCUUCAGAAAGAGGCAGUUUCUAGGAGGGGCCUGGAUGCAGCAGUGGUCGGGAGAGAAACGGUUAAUUAGAAUUCCGGGGGUGGGUGGGUUACGGAGAGGGUGGCAUGCGGGUUAAUUCCAGAACUCUACAAAUGGGUGGGGUGGUUGGGGGGGUGGGAGAGCUUGCAAAAGAAACAGUUCGGUUUCAGAAGCAGGGUGGAGGGAUGGUGUGAUUAAGGUGGCAGCCUUUGGGGGGGGGGCUUUUCUUCCUCCUCUCCAAACCAACGGCUGUUUACACAAGUGGGACCAGCCGCCCUCUGUGGGACUCCGGAUCUAGAAAAACCAGCUUGGCGGUUCCGUGCGCCGCAGCAAACUGCCUCCCGCUAGGCCUUGGGGCCCAAGGACGACCUUUUAGGCCCACUUCAGGGGCAGAUCUUGUUUCUGGACCAGUUUGGCCCGUGUGCCAGUAUCCUGUUUCAUGCACGGUUGGAUGGCCAGCCAUCGGGGCACAGAGGCCAAGUCCUUCUCCUGCGGAUGCCUGGUGUUUGGGGUUAGACUGCCUCUGGCUGUACGGGGGCGGGGUGUUCCCUCAUCAUUCUGGUCUUGCAUGGAAGAAUGGGCCUUGUGGGGUUGCCGGCCAUUCUCAGACAGCCAAAUUUCCUCUCCCAGCCUAGUCUGUAUUUCUUUAUUCCAUUGCUGAACUGGUGGCCCAGACUAGGGGAGUACCUGUCUCCACCACAUCUUUUCCUCCGAGAACCAUUCCCGUCUUUGCAGCCCUCCCCCCCCCCCCCCCGAAUACUGACCUGCCCCCUCCCGCAUGACCAAGGGCCGGGCUGUGCUGCUCUGGGGCAUGGAAUUCCACAGAGUGAACUGCUGACUUCUUGACCAAUCACAUAGCUGCUCUCAACAUCUGCCCCCCCCCCCUUGAUGGUUAGCAUUGAAGCUGCUGGCAGGUGUCUCUCUCCCCUCCCCCCCUCUCCCCCCCCCCCCCCAAAAAAAAUUCCUGGUGCAUUCGGGAGGCAGCAUCGCAGACUGUCCGUUGAAUGUACAUAAUUUAAAGUUGACUUUUUGCUCUUGAAAUAAAACCCCUGUAUCUUUUACUCA